AAUUGGAUUGUAUAAAGUACGACAUCUUUCAUCAUUCAAUGAUGUUUCACAAACUUAAACGUUUAGAGCAUAUUACGUGUCCUAAAAACAUUGACCCUGAUUUAUGUGACGCACUAUUCAAUGUAUGUUUGUGGUAUGUUUGUAGUAGUAUUAUUGAAGUGUACAUGUACAUAAACAUUAUACAGCAAAUGGCUCCAAAAAAUAAAGAAAAUAGCACAUCUGCAAAUAAAAGGAAGCGACAAAUUUCAGAAGAAGAAGAUGAUGAAGACUACAGAAGGCGCAGAGACAGAAAUAAUCAAGCUGUGAAACGUUCAAGAGUUAAAAGUAAAUUACGUACUCAGCAAACAUUGGAACGUGUAAAUCAGCUGAAAACAGAAAAUGAAUUGCUCGAGGAGAAAAUUAAAAUGCUCACAAAAGAAUUAGGAUUUUUAAAAGAUCUUUUUCUCGCACACGCAGGCUCAAGUCAACAUUCUGUGAAUUUUCAAGACUUAGAUCUGAAUGCUCUUCUGGCUGAUGAUACAAAACCAGAAGAACAAACAAAACAAACAGCUAAACCAUAAGUUACAUGAAAUGCCACGUGAAGGAAGUAACGUGGUAAUGAUUAUAUCUGAGAUAAAGAUGUGCUUUGGUUUGUCCAUUUCUAGCAUAAAGUUAGACAUCUUGGAACGAUGUCUACUUCCAAUUGACUUGUAAGAAAUUUGAGGUGCUUAAAAUCCUGAUAAGUGCAAGGAGAUGCAUUUGAAAUUUACCAUUAUUGGUACAUGAUAAAAGGAGAUUCAAAAUUGCAAACAGAGGCGAAUAAUGCAAAAACAAAGAAUCUAUGUGAAGAUUUAAUUAAUCUGAGAUGGAAAGAAGUACAAUAUAAAUAUAUAAAUUUAAUUAUAAAAAAAAUAUAAGUUUUGUUUAUGAUAAUAUAAGAAAGAUGAAACAAGUUGUAUGUAUAAAGGAAAGU